ACCGUCCGUCAAGUUAGUCAUUUGAAGUUUCCUUUGAAAUGUUUCAUUGACGAACAUAAAAAUAAAUAAACUAAUUUAAAUACCAAGACCACAGAAUACAAUUGAAUUGAAAUAGUAUUUAAAGUCUACAAUGAAAUUACAUAUUUAUGUUCCAAAUUGACUGAUAACAGCAAUGGUUCCUUAGCACCGAGGUUACCUAAUCAAUUGUAAACGUUUACGUAAUUUUAUAUGAAACAAAUUAUAUGUCUUCGUAAAAAUUAUCAUGAUAUAGAUUUCAGUUUAUCGGUGUCUGUGUUCCAGUGUGUAUAGUUUCAAAGGUUUCGUCUGUGAUAGAUAUAUAUAACCUUAAAAAUGAGCGACCAAGACUUGUUCCGCGAUACGUGGGUUCGUUACCUGGGGUACGCCAAUGAGGUGGGUGAGUCGUUCCGUGCGCUAGUGCCAGCGAAGGUGGUCCGGUGGUCCUAUGGGGUGGCUUUCGCUUACUGCUUCGCUGACACCAUGCACAAGAGCCUGAGAACAUUGAAGAAUGAUGGUCGGCCAAAGAAAGUAUUAAUAGAAGCUGGCGACGCGUUGAUCUGGCAGACCCUGGCCUCCGUGGCCAUCCCUGGGUUCGUCAUUAACAGAAUAUGCACAUACUCAAAUAGGGCACUCGCGAGGCGAUUUCCUAAAAUGCUCUUCUUAGCUCGAGGGUGGAUUACAGUUGGAGUGGGUCUUUUAUCAAUACCAAUCAUAGUGCGACCCAUAGACAAAGGGACUGAUCUCUUUAUGGAAGCUACAUACAGGCGGUGGAUGAAAUAGUCUGUCUAUGAAAUUGCUAUUGUUUUUAUUUUCGAUUGAUCUGCCUGUAAGGUGGAUUUGUUCAAUGACUUAAUGAGUUCCCGAGGGAAUUUCGGGAAUAUUUUUAUUCCAAGUUUUUUUUGGUUUAUAGACUUGUCUAUGGUAUGCCGAAUUUUAAAUUAGAUUUUUCUUCUGUUCAGUAUGUAGUUCCAAAGAUUACUGUAGAAAUUAGAUUAAGUGUCAUAGAAUUGAAUUAUUUACAUUAGUGCCAUAAUUUAUUUCGUUGGAAAAUAUUUAAAUUAUUAUUAUUAUAUGUAGUCGUGAUUUUAGUUGUACUAUGUAAAACAUAACUUGAGUCACAUGACAGCAGAAUGAACCGAUUAUCCAAAAUGACAGCGACAGAGACAGAUGUAUUGUUUUCAUACCUGUCUAUUUGAUAUCUGUCACUGGACUCAAGUUGUAUUUUCAAAGUUUAUAGUUGUGAUCAAAAUGUCAGAUAGUGCCCAAAUAAUGACAUUUUUAAUACUGUUUUGACAAAUAAGCUGUUAAAUAAAUAAUUCUAAUCAAAUUAGAAUAAUUAUACGCUUUCAAUAUUAGUGAUAAAGUAAAGAAAAUUCAUUCCAAUGUUUAUUAUAAAACUGUAUUAGAUUUAUAGUUGAAAAGCUUAUGAAAAUGAAGGAUGUUGGAUGUGUUAAGUGUCCUUAAAAUUGUAAAUGAUGCUGGAGGGGAUACUAUAUUAUAUUCAGUGUACUAUAUCACGUCUUUUUCUCUUACGGGGAAGACAGAGACAAGCUUUAGUUGUUAUAUCUGGUAUUACUGUGUACGGAGACUUAUUUUGAGUUUACUUCAAAAGUGUUAAUAACUAUAGGAACAUUAACGUUAACAGGUUUGAUCACAAGAAAACCUAGGUAUUCAAAAAACGCCAUUUUUUUCCUAGUUUUAGUUUUAAAACGUUACUCUAGUGAAAUUCGUACGUGUAGAAAUAAUUAUUUAAUUUAUUUGUUGUUAUUGUGUAAAAGAAACUAACUAUAUGCUUAAAAUAUUUUGAUGUGUUCUGAUGUUAUAUUCUUGUGUUCAGAUGUUUUGAUAUUAAAUUCCUUUUAUGUAAGUUUUAAUUGUAACUGAUUCCUUGCUCGAAACGAUAAAUUACACAAAAUAAUAUUGCAGAGUAUUAGUGCCAUACAAUUGUUAAUUAAAUAUUAUACAUAUUUUAUUUAUCAAUCACAUAUACGAACAUAAAGAACAUAAAUAAUUAAAGACUGCGUGUCAUGAACCAUAUGUAAACCAAGUAUGGGUUGUCUGAAUUAAAAUGACGCGCCUCACUGCUGUCGUGGAAAGUGCACGCGUCUUUUCAAAUUAGCCGAGCUAUCAAUUUAAUAUUCAUAACUGAUUGAAACACAAUAUCCGUAUAUAUUUUUUGUAAUUUUUCUUUUUUCUAUCAUAAUUUCUUUCCACUCUUUAUUUCUUGUAAAGUACUAUUAAGUAUUAUGUGUUUUGCUCACAAAUUUAGUUGAAUAAUAAUUUUUAAAUGUGUAGUAGUAAUUUUCAAAUUUCGAGUAGGCAGGGAUACGACCAUACAGCCAAAACGAUGCUCGCUAACCCAACAAGCAUUUGUCAAGUCGAUCCAUCUAUACCCGAAGUUUUUUCAGUCGUCAUUCAAUAUCUAAUAUCUAUGAAUAUAAUACGUUUAUUCGUUGACGUGACGUAAGUAACGGAGCGUAGUGCAGAGCAGUGAAGCCGCGCUGAUUGCGCUGCCAAAAAAAUAUUCCUGGGCGUUAACGCAUCUCUGACUUAUUAUGCGCAAAGAAGUUGUCAUUUCAUGCAUCGCGUCAUAAUGAACAAAAAAAUGGUUGCCUGUAAAGUCGGUUUUACGGGCGAAGAUUUUACGUGACAACGUCUUUUUACGCGCGCGGCAGACCGAUCAUAGUUGAGUGGGAGAGAGACGCAAGGCAUUCGGCGGGCCUCUCUCUCGUUCGGUGACUCAUCGUAACGUUACCGGGCGUUACACUUUUUCAUAAGUGACUCCCAGCCGCAACCUAAUUUAAGACGUUGUCACGUCAAAAAAAUA